CAGGUGUUCCAAUCCCCUCCAUAUCAUGUGAUUCAGGUGUUCCAAUCCCAUCCAUAUCAUGUGAUUCAGGUGUUCCAAUCCCAUCCAUAUCAUGUGAUUCAGGUGUUCCAAUCCCCUCCAUAUCAUGUGAUUCAGGUGUUCCAAUCCCCUCCAUAUCAUGUGAUUCAGGUGUUCCAAUCCCCUCCAUAUCAUGUGAUUCAGGUGUUCCAAUCCCCUCCAUAUCAUGUGAUUCAGGUGUUCCAAUCCCCUCCAUAUCAUAGUCAAUAGCUAAAGACCUCCAAACUUGGUGUGGCCUUCAGAUGAGCCCAACAACAGUGCGUAGAGAGCUUCAUGGAAUGGGUUUCCAUGGC